CAGGCUUCGCCCUGUCUGCCCCACAAUUUUAUUUACCUGAGAACUCCAUAGAGUUUGAACGCAAAACAAUAUCGCCCUUAAAACCAAAAGAAUGUGUGACGAAAGCACGAUCUCGGACUGUGAGCCCACCACCUUGCGGCUCCCAUUCAACAGCUACCACAUCAACUUGCCCCUGUACAUCUUGGAUAUGGUGCGCAUCUUCCAGGAUCAUCCCAAGUACAGCAAUGGUAUCCACGAGGAGCACAUCCUAGAGAUGCUGGAGAAGGAACCUUUUGCUUGCGGGGAUCUGGAGUCGCAGGUGAAGACCGCCCUGCUGGAUCUUACUGCCAAGGGAUUCAUACGCUUCAUUACCAACGGCUAUCGCACUCUGGGACCGAUUGCCAAGCUCUCCAAUGCGCGUUCCGUGCGCCACUUCAACAUGACAUGGCAGCGCAUUGCCGAGCUGCAGAAGGUCAACUGCCCCAGCCUGGAGCCCGGAUCCAUCUCCAGCGGACACUGCACCCAGCGUGGAUCCAACUACUGAGGUCGGGGGAUCCCUCUUGUUCAUUUUGUUGCGUUAACCAUUUCGUUUACUGAGUUCAGUUCCUCCUCGAGCAGCGCGAACACUCCACACACACACACUCCAUCGAAAUUGUAAUCGUCUAGUAAAAUUCCUGCAAAUCCAAG